AUGGACACUGCCCUGCUGCUCGGUGUGGAAGGAAUCAAGAAAACCAUCCUGCAUGGGGGCACCGGGACGCUCCCAGACUUCACCACCGGGUCCCGAGUGACCUUUCACUUCCGUACCAUGAAAUGCGACGAGGAGCGGACGGUGAUCGACGACAGCAGGCGCGCUGGCCGGCCGAUGCACAUCAUCAUCGGGAACAUGUUCAAGCUGGAGGCCUGGGAAAUCCUGCUGACGUCCAUGCGCCUGAGCGAGGUGGCUGAGUUCUGGUGUGACACCAUUCACACAGGGGUCUACCCCAUCCUGUCGAGGAGCCUGCGGCAGAUGGCCGAGGGCAAGGACCCCACAGAGUGGCACGUGCACACCUGUGGGCUGGCCAACAUGUUCGCCUACCACACGCUGGGCUAUGAGGACCUGGAUGAGCUGCAGAAGGAGCCCCAGCCCCUGAUCUUCGUGAUUGAGCUGCUGCAGGUCGAGGCCCCCAGCGAGUACCAGAGGGAGACCUGGAACCUGAGCAACCAGGAGAAGAGGCAGGCGGCUCCCAUCCUCCACGGAGAAGGGAACCGGCUCUUCAAGCUGGGCCGCUAUGAGGAGGCAUCCUCCAAGUACCAGGAGGCCAUCGUAUGCCUGAGGAACCUGCAGACCAAGGAGAAGCCCUGGGAAGUGCCGUGGCUGAAGCUGGAGAAGAUGGUCAACACCCUCAUCCUCAAUUACUGCCAGUGUCUGCUGAAGAAGGAGGAGUACUACGAGGUGCUGGAGCACACCAGCGACAUCCUCCGCCACCACCCAGGCAUCGCGAAAGCCUACUACGUGCGGGCCCGGGCGCACGCCGAGGUGUGGAACGAGGCGGAGGCCAAGGCCGACCUGGAGAAAGUGCUGGAGCUGGAGCCGUCCAUGCAGAAGGCGGUGCGCCGGGAGCUGGCGCUGCUGGAGAUGCGCAUGCAGGAGAAGCAGGAGGAGGAGCGGCUGCGCUGCAGGAACAUGCUGCGCUAGGGGGUGAAUUAGGGCGCCUACCGGCAGGCCUGCACCUGUCCCUCCGUGCCCGGGACCCCUAUC